GUUAGAAAGUUGGUCAACUGCAAAAUGUUUACGUUUGUUUACUUGGCGAUGGGCCAAAUAUUUGCUAUUGUAAAAUUUGAUUGGUCAGUAGUUUGACUGACAGGUACGUUGAUAAUUGGGUUACUCCGCCUAUUACAUUGAAGCUGAAAGAUGGCGACCAAUAUUCCACAUCGUGUGAAUUUAUCCGUGUUAUUCUACGGGAGUGUAGAUAAAUUUGCAUGUGAUAAAUUAUCAAAGGAUUACUUAUUAAAGAAAAUGUGACAGGUGAUGUGCAUAUGUGUGCGGACUCAGGGAAGUGGAAUCAAUAACUGCGUAUUUGGGGCGUGUAAAGAUCUCCAAGGACAGACUUGUGCGAAAACUUGUGUUACAUAUUGGUAUAAUGUCAACUUGACUGGUCAACACGUACACAAACCAAAAUGUGAUCGUAAGGAACUAAUUUCGACGUUGUAACCGCUCUACCUCAUGAGUUUAAUGCGUCAAUGGCCAGUAUAUCAGAUCAGAUAGGGGACUUGGGAGAGCUUGGAGCUUGCCCGUUAUGUCGAAGAAUAUAUCAAGAUCCAAGAGUUCUGCCUUGUUUACAUUCUUUUUGUAAGAGAUGUUUAGAAAGGUACCAUCAGGAGAAUGGGUCAGCGGAGACGUUAAAAUGCCCGUCAUGUCACCAGGAAGCGUCUUUAAAUUCUGGUGGAAUAGAAGGAAUUCCAUCAAGUAUCUUUAUUUCAAAUAUUUUGGAUGUGAUGGUGUCACAAGACGAUUACGAGAACGGUGAAAUAGAAAAUGGUCACCAGAAUCACUGGUGUAAUUCAUGUGAUGAAGGAAGCAGGGCCACAUCGGUUUGCAAGAACUGUCAUGAAUAUCUCUGCGAUAAUUGUGUGAAAGCACAUCAGCGAGUGAGACUAACCAAGGAUCACUACAUCGAAAGAUUCGUAAAUCCCAGGUACAGACCUCAGAAUAUCACUCCAUGUAUGCCGUCUCCGAUUAUUUCAGCUGCACAGGGCGACCGUCAGCAAACACCUUGCACAAAACAUGAACAGGAAAUUCUUCGUCUUUAUUGCGAUACAUGUCUAUCCCCUAUCUGCCGAGAAUGUACCAUGACUGAGCACGUCGGUCAUAGUUUCAUCUACCUCCAAGAUGCCAUUGAUGAUUCUCGUACUGUAACAGUCAAACUGAUUGCAGAUGCGAAAGCUGGCAUGAAAGCUAUUGAAGAAAGUCUACAAGUCACUCAGGGUAUGGCAGAACGUGUUGAAGUUAGGUCACAGUCAGUUGCCACAGAGAUCCGCAAUAUAACUAGGCGCCAUAUGUUAGCUUUAGAAGAGAGGGAAAGAGACUUGUUAAGGAGAGUUGAGAAAAUACGACAAGUCAAGGGGAAAUCUCUUCAUAUGCAAAUGGAUGACUUGAAACAAGGUUUAAUGUCGCUGAGCAGAACUGUAGAAAAUGUUGAAACUGUGUUAAACACAGGUCGUGAUAUUGACGUUUUGAAAACCAAAGAGAGCAUGGUUAGUGAAAUACAAAAACUGCGCUCCCUUCGCGGACAUUUACAACCACAUGAGGAUGAAAAUAUUUUAUUCACACCCCCAGAUGCUGCCCUUCAUGUUGCCAUCACAAAGCUUGGCUUCAUAAGCAGUAGCGCUUAUGCACCAAAUUGUAUCGCUGUUGGGGAUGGUUUAAAGAGAGCCCUGAAAGGGAAGGUUGCCAUAUUUGUCAUACAAGCCAAAGAUCACUUAGGAGAGCAGAGAGUUGUUGGAGGCGACCCGGUGGAAUGUGUCAUUCAAAGUCCAGAAGGUGCUCUUUAUCGAACGGAGGUAAUCGACAGACAGAAUGGGACAUACAGUGUGACAUACCGACCUCAGAUUGAAGGCCAGCAUGCAAUCUCUGUUAUGAUCAAUGGCAAGCACAUACACGAUAGCCCUUUCUCUGUAUCUGUGAGAAGUGGUAGAAAUUAUACUGCAGUGGGGGCUAUGAUGAUGCAGUUCGGUGGAGAAGGUGAGGAUGAGGGGAAGUUAUGCCGUCCUUGGGGCAUAUGUUAUCAUAAAGAAGGUUACAUUCUUGUAGCAGACCGUAGCAACAAUCGAGUCCAGGCAUUUAACCCUGAUGGAUCCUACCAUCAUCACUUUGGGGCAGCAGGGACACGUAAUGGACAGUUUGACCGCCCAGCUGGAGUGGCUACUGAUAGUCAAGGGCGGGUUAUAGUGGCUGAUAAAGAUAAUCAUCGUAUCCAAAUUUUCACUCUGGAUGGAAAUUUCAUAUUGAAAUUUGGUGAGAAAGGAAAUAAAAAUGGUCAGUUUAAUUAUCCAUGGGAUGUAGCUGUAAAUUCGGAAGGAAAAAUUCUUGUGUCAGAUACACGAAAUCAUCGUGUACAGUUAUUUACAUGUGAUGGUUUGUUCAUUAACAAAUAUGGAUUUGAUGGUGCUUUGUGGAAACAUUUUGACUCGCCUCGUGGAGUUUGUUUCAACAAUGAAGGCCAAAUGGUGGUUACGGAUUUCAACAAUCACAGGCUCCUUGUGAUUCAUCCCGAUUUUCACAAUGCAAGAUUUCUGGGUACAGAGGGAAGCGCAAAUGGCCAGUUCCUACGUCCACAGGGUGUUGUCGUUGAUCAAGAAGGAAACAUCAUCGUUGCAGAUUCACGCAACCACAGAAUUCAGGUUUUUCAACCAAACGGCAACUUCCUGUGCAAGUUCGGCACACCAGGUUCGGGUCCUGGUCAGCUUGACCGACCAUCUGGCAUAUGUGUUACGCCAGACGGUCAUGUUCUUGUUGUUGAUUUUGGUAAUAAUCGUGUACAAGUAUUUUAAAUGCUUUUGCCCUUAUAAAGGGUCAGCUUUUUGCCUUGCUCAGGUUGAGACUCAGGUUAUAUCCUGCGUUAGCUCUUGUGAAACAUUUGGACAUGUUUGCCGAAGGCAUAUUUGUUAUGACCGCUCAGGGAAAUACUAAAAGUGCACCAGAUUGAUUCCUUUCACAAAUGAAAAAUAGAUUUUUUAUGUAUCGGUUACAUUAUGUGAAACAUGUAUACUUGUUAGAUUGUAUAUGUCAGAUGUUAGAUUGUUGGUCUCUGUAUGUCCUUUGAAGGGAAUUAAUUUGGUUCACUGUAAACUCUUGUUGUCAAUGUAAACCAUAUAUUUUUCACAUUAUUUUCUUUUACCUAAGUUUCUUUAUAAAACACACACAAAACAUCCUUCGUAUUUAUUACAUAGUAAUAGUAAAUUCUACAUUUCUGAAAAAUCACUUUUACGCUAUGUACAAUGUUUUUGAAACAACUGUGUUCUUUUAAAAGGAAUGUCAUCCAUGCUGAUUGUUCAAUAAAAACAUUCAGUUUUUUUAUGGACAACUUAGUACUUGUCAAAUGAUCUCUAGUCAGCAGAAGUGAUCAAAAAUAUUCAAAAAUAUAAAGUGUAUAUUUGAAACAGUUGCACACCUUAUUCAUGAAUGUGUUUUCUAGGUAUAUUUUCAGUACUGACAAAUACAAAAUAAAGGGGCAGUUAAGAUUGAAAGACCUUUUUUUCAACACAAAUUGUAAAGAACAGUAAAAGUAGUUCAUGACCUAGGGGUUUUCCUCUUAUAUGAAUGGCUUUUUGUAAAAUGAUACCAUUUCAAUUCACAUGUCAGAAGUGAAGCUAAAACUUAUGUGGUCCAUUGUGACCCUUAAAUUGGUUCCUGUUGACCAAGCACGAGGUUCAUGGGAGUAAAUAGGCCAGUCAUGUGAAAAUUACCAGAUAUUUUUCAUCUAUGGAUUCUGUUUUAUGAUUUUUGCAUGAUUGGUACCAAUAGAUGAUAGAAUGGGAAUGCAGAAAUAUAAUUUUUUUUGGUCAAAUUAGCAGAUAGAUUCUAUAGCAUUAAUGAUUUCAAAGUUAAUUAACAACCUAGUAGACAAUAGCAUGUCUAAUACAUAGCCACUGCUGGAUCUAUGAUAGUUAAUUAUUAUGUUAUAAUUUUUUCAAUUUGUUGGAAACAGUUAAAAUGAUCAAAAUGAUUGGUUGUUUAUUCAACCCAAAGAUAAAUAUUGAUGAAUUUAUUUCUGUAAUUAGUGUAAAGACCAUAAAUAGCUUCAUGAGAUUUAUUAUAGUAAAUUAUUUCUGUUUUUGUUUCAUUCACAGCUUGUUAUUUAGAAGUACUGUAGAAUUAAAUCAAUAAGGUUAGCUGUUGAAAAUUAGCACAUGAAUGCUUUAUCUCUCCCAUGCAUUGAUCUAGAAACUGGCCGAAGUGGCCAGUUUGUUUGCUUGGCGGGUUGCCAAAAAUUUGGCUGUUAAUGUACAGUUGUAUGGUCAGUUAUGUAACUAACAGUACUUGGCCAGUGGUGUAAACAAGAUACAGAUCAAUGGUCAGUUGUUAAGCUACACUGUUUGCAUAGGUCAGUACACAAGGGGAGUGGGCAGUGUAGUGUGUAUUGGUUGAAGGAUAAACUGACCAUUCAGUACAUGUAUAAAAUAGGCCUGCUUGUAAACAUGCUGGCCUUGAUAACUUGUUGAAAUGGUAAUUUCUCUAGUGGGGAUUUCCUUUGGCCAUUUAUCAGGCAAAUAUUUUGUUCUUCCUGGCAUAAAUUAUCAAUAACUGAUCUAAACUGAACACAAAAAUAAGAACAUGUGAGCAAUUUUGCCACUAUCAUUAAUGUAUUUCUGUCUGUGGUAAGGAAGGCCAUGGGGAUUAACUGGUUUAAUUGAAGUUAAUUGAUAAAAGCUGAUAGUAAUUUACUUUAGGUCACUUAGACACUGAAACACUGUAUUUAGUUUAUCUAAAAGGUGUGUACCAAUGUUUAAUAUCUAUACUCUCUUUAUUUCAGUCUCAUCAGUGUACAACAUAUAUUACAUAAUAUACAUAAUAGAAUAUCAAUAAAAUGCACACUGCCACUCUAUAAAAGAGUUAUAAGAGACUUAUAGCUAAAACAUAUCAGUAUUACUUUGACUAUUAAAACACCAUGUUAAAAGAAAGAUGUAGCUGCUAGGAAAUGCUUAAUUCCAUUUUAAGCAGAAAAAUUGGCACUGGAAUUCUAAUCUUAGAUAAAUUUGUCCCAUUUUUGUUUUUAGAAAGUAGGCAAAAAUGUUUUUCAAAAUUUAUUUCUAGUUUUUCAAAAAGCUUAAAUGAAAUGUGUGUGUACCAACAUUAUCUAGAAAACACAUCCAUGACUUUGUAUACAAGUAGACAAAUUGACAAUGACUGGAUGUUAAUAUCUGAAAUUAUUCCCAUUUUUGUUUUAAGAAAAUGGGAUAGGGAAGGGUUUUAACCUUUUUCCCUAUCAUCAUAUGAAAUAUGUGUACAUGUGUAGAGAUAAUAUAAAUUAUCAUGCUAAGUUUAGUGCUUAUUGUAGCCUUAUUGUUAAUUAAGUGUUUGAAAUGAUGUAUUUUUAAAAAUAGCAUUUUAAAUGAAAAGGGAAAAAUAUGAGGUCUGAAUUUUAAAAAUUCUGGUUAAAUAAUGAUAAUGAUUUCUAGUCUGAUAUCGUCAUGGAUUAUUCGAAUAUCCGUAUAUCAUUAGAGAGUCUUAAUUAAUUUUAUAAUAAACGCAGAUUUUUUUUUAAAAGCGUUUGGAAAGCUUAAGAAUCAAAAUCAGUAUUAUAUAAAUUUUAAGUAAAUAAUUGAGGGCAUUAUAUAAAAUACAGCUAAUGUUAUGCUAUAUAGCAUCCAUUUUUACCAUGCAACUUAAAUGCUUUAAAGUACUUUGUGUAUGCCAUUUUCCAAACAGUCAUGUUUGGAUUGCUUGAAUCCAAGAGAACUUAAGCAUUUUACUCUUUGGCUGCAAAAGUAAAAGCCUCUCUUACCUCUUGCAAAUACAAACUUAACGACCUCACUUGAUUUAAUGAGUACUGAAAUUCAAUAUACCUCAUUGGGUUAUAACAAUUUUUGAUUACCGGUACUUAUUUUGAAAGAAACCUCAACAUCCAUCUUAUAUUGUUUUACAAAGCCAGUGGUUUUUGGGCAAAGUUAUUUUUAUUAUUGCAAUAAGGAUGUUAUUAUUUUAGCUUAUUGCAUUGCUUAAAUAUUUUUUUAAGCAGAUACUUAAAUAUUAUAUCUUAUGUCAUAUAAUAUGUCUUAUGUAUAUACUUCUGUAUUAGAGUAGUGCACUGUAGCCAGUAAAUUUUGUUUUUGUUUUCAUGACUUGAGGAUGUUAUGAACUUUAUGAAGAAAACUUGUGUCGUUAAAUAUUACAUGUCAACUGUAUGUAUGUUUAUCGUAAGGCUUGAAAAGUCAUGUAACCACUUGCUACCUCAACAUGUUUGUUUUCUGUGAGCUUUUUUCAUCACAUAACCAUGGCAGGCUAUGUAUAUAAUAUAACAUUGUUUGUUAUGUAUUGUUUUUGCUUUUCAGUCCUGAAAGUGAUAAUGUAGAAUACUAAUCAAGGUCGUAUGAUUUAAGAUAUGCAAGAUUUUAUGGCGGUUUGACUGUAAGGAAAAUGUUUGAAAGAAUUUUUUUUUUGUCAACUCUACUUCGUACUCGUAACAUACUUAUAAUAAUAACAUUCUCUUCAAGUUAUAUACUUUAAAAACUUUGACAAGAAAAUUAAAUAUAGUUAAAAUACAAAAAAGUAACCCUAUCAUGCUAAACAUGAUUGAUUCUGCCUUUGCAACCAGUGAAGAUCAUGAUUCGCUUGCACAUUCUUGCAGUCUGAUCAUGAUCUGCACUGUUUGCCAUUCAGUCAAUGUAUUUUUGGUAAGCACCCCUUUAAUAAUACUGUCCAAAUUAAAAGAUGGCCAAGUUCAUUAUAGAAAUUUAGGAUGGUAAGGGUUGUUAAGUCAGUUUAUAGCAUAUCAAAGAGUUUGGGAAUAUUACAAGUUUGGGAUGCUUAGAAGUUAGAACAUGUAGAAUAGAAUUAUAUUUUGUAACAUGUCUUAACCCUUACCAUGCUGGACACGAUUGGUUCUGCCUUUGCGACCAGUGUAGAUCAUGAUCAGCCUGCACAUCUGUGCAGUCUGAUCAUGAUCUGCACUGUUCGCUAUUCAGUCAGUAUCUUUUGGUAAGCACCCCUUUUAACAGUUAAUGGUACUGUCCAAAUUGGAAGAUGGAUAAGUUCAUUAUAGAAAUUUAGCAUGGUAAGGGUUAGUAUUUUCAAGUUUAAGUCUUAUAUUUCCAAGAUUUCCAAGGAUAACUCCUAGUAUUUCCAAGUUGUCAAGUAUAAAUCCUGGUAUUUCUAAGCAUAGGAUAGAUAUAUCUGUUUUCUUUAUCAUUUUCUUAGAAAUUAGGGACCCCUAUCAGAAUGAAUCACAUUGUAUGGGAUAAUCAGUUAUUUUUGCUGGUUCCCCAACAGGCAUUUUGUAAGGGGAGACUAAUUAAACAGAUCCUAAUUGCACUUUAAUGAACAAUAUUAUCAACUGGUUACACAACUGAUUGCUACACGUGGGAAUUUGAUUGUUUUCGUCUAACCUGAUUGAUGUCUUGCAAGGUGUAAUUAGUGAUUGAUUAUUUUUCAUGUAUUCAAAGGUUAUAUUACAUAUGCAUUAGUUCCGCAGUAGAAAUAUUAAACAGCUUCAAGAAAGCAGUGUUACUUUUAACAAGUGCAUAUUUCACGAUGCAAAUCUACUUACUCUUUUAUUACAUACACAUUUACUCUUUGAAAUGAUCUUCAUUUGUUAUUAAUUGAAACCAUCAGCAGUAAUGGUUUUAUCUAGGUGAUGAUAUAUCUUUUAUGGAUGUCACACGUCCAAUAGGAAAUUGCAUGUCAGUAUGGGAAAAAAAAUGAAAUAAGGUUUAAGAUUCCUUUGUAACUAAACAGAGUUGAAAAAUGAGUAUCUAACUGUUGUUUAAUAUGGGUUGAACAGAGCCAGGCAAAUGUAUUCAUUGUAGAAAUUUGAUGAAUAAAGGUUGUCCUUGGUUAUUUGUUUUCCUCCUCAGAUUUAUGCGGAGAAGUUGACACGAUACAUGUGACGUAGGUGCUGUUACUGGCACUGAUUCCAAUAACACCACUGUUAUUGAUAAAGUUUCAUCUGUUCUUACAGAGUUAGGAUUUUUUUUACUUAUCACAAAUUAUAGAAAUUAGGAAACAAUAUAGUAAACUGACUCUUGCCCUAGACAAAAAAAAACAACAAAACUCAAUGAUGAACUUGAAGGGUUUUAUUUUUGAACUGAUUACAGACCAAGAUAGUCUUCUACAGAGAUGAUAAACUUACCAGUAUUUUUGACUGCAUAGACAGUUAUGCAAGAAAGAGACCUGAUUUUAUCAGCAUUUAUUGCCUAAGGUUAGUUGCUAUUGAACAUUUUGAAAGCCUCCUGAUAAAGCUUGUGUCAUUAUUCUCAAACUCCCAACAAUUAAAUUGUCAUUUUAAUGUAACUAUCUGAUUACAAAUUGUACUGCAAAUUAUGUCAUGAUUUAACUAGUUUGUAAUUUUGUCUGGAUUUAUGCUGCAGUUUUAUAUGGUUUAAUUUUCAUGCUUCAUUUUAGGUGAAAGAGCUUAGCUUUUUGUGCUUUUUUGGCAAUCUGUCCAGAAUUAUCCUCACUUUCGUACUGUUAACAAGAGAUUUUGCAUAGAGUAAGGCAGUUUCUGUAUUUUUGUAGUCAGAGGAAACAUCUAGGUACUAAGAUGUUUAAGAAAUAUGGGUACAAAGAUUUUUAAAAUAUCUGGUAACGUUAGAGGUUUGAAUAAUCUGGGGAUGAAGAUGUUUGAAAAAUCUUGGUUUCUUAGAUGUUUUAUAACUCAUCAAGGAGGUAGAUGCAUGAAUUCAAGUUGUUUCAGAAUUCUUUCAAAUCUGCCUGAAAAUUGCUUUAUAAUAUGUUCUUUUCAGGAUACUUUAUAACUUUUUAUUAAAAUUAGUGAUUCUCUAAAAACAUUUUAUAACUGUUAAGAUAUAUUACUGCAGGUGAACAUAAUGCAUAAACCUUACACAGUGACUUCCCCUUACAGUGAAGAGACGACUGCACAAAAAUUUUGCAAAGUUUUUUUUCAGCAUUUAAAUGAAGAUAUUUGAGCUGUGCCAUAAGAAAACCAACAUAGUGUGUUUGCGACCAGCAUAGAUCCAGACCAGCCUAUGCAGUCUGGUCAGGAUCCAUGCUGUUCGCUUUCAAAGCCUUUUGCAAUUAGAAAAACCUUUAGCAAACAGCAUGGAUCCUGACUGACUGCACGAAUGCGCAGGCUGGUCUGGAUCCAUGCUGGUUGCAAAUGCACUAUGUUGGUUUUCUCAUUGUGCAGCUCAUUUAUUGAUUAGAGUCUAUAGAGAAAUAACGCUAAUUAAAAUGUAGGGUACAACAUGAAAAAAAUAAACUUCAAACGAAAAAAGGAUAUUUGAAUUGCUUUGUAACAGUCAUCUUGUUUCAUCAUAGAGUUUAUGUACCGCUAGAGAGGGUUUAUUGCUGUGGGGGAGUUUCACUUUUUGACUUAAAUAUAUAUUAUGUACAUAUAACAGAAAAAAAGACAGAUCCUUUUUCCUGAUAGCAAUAUACAGUUAUGUUUGAUGUUCAUCAUAUACUAUUUUCAUAUUUUCGGUAAUAAAUUGGUGUUUUAAACACAUUUUAUUAUUCAUGAACAGAGAUAUAUAAUUAUUUCAAUAUUUGGGCUUAUUUUUAUAUAAAUUUGAGCUUUUAUUCAAUAAUAAAGCUUUUGAGCUUGUACCUCAUGUCCAUUGCUACCUCAGCCUUUUUGUACCUCAGUCUGAUGUUUAAAAAUAAUUAGUUUUAAUACUGACAGUAAAUCUUUAAACACUUAAAAAUCAAUACUGUACAAUAUAUCAUAAUUAUAUAUAUAUAUAUAAUAGCUUUUGGUAUCGUCUAAAUAUUAUGCAUCAUAUUGAUAUAUUGCUAUUUGGGGUCUAUCGCUUUGCUUUAAGUCUGUGUAUAUGUUAAUGAAUAUAUGAGGAGGGUCCUAAAUUAAUAUAAAACUUCAGUUUAGAGACCAGUCUGAAAACUCCAGCAUUUGAUUGGUUGUUGCCAGGAGUUCUGUUAGUGUUUUAGAUGUGCUGAUUUGUUAGAAAUGGGAUCUGUACAUUUUGAGUAUUUUGAAAUAAGUUUGAUUUGAUGUUAAUCUAUAUUUAAAAGUAAUAAAUAUGCUAAUAGCUUAGGGUAAAUGGGAAGCACUUCUUCUCUACCAACAGAAUUUGUUUUCAAACCUUAAAAUUAACAUUUUUCUUGCUAAUCAAACAGGACCAAAGAUUUUUUUGGGGGGUCCAGUUUGGGUACCAGGUUGGUUUCAGAAAGGGCUUUUCUCUCUUCCUCAGAUAUUAUACCUCAGUAGCUGGCAGGAUAGAAAUUUUACAAAAUUUAUGGGCCAAGACUUUGUCCCAUAUUGUUGAAAUAUAGCCACUCUUGGGUGUGUUUUGAGUGUCUUGUUUGCCUUACUGAUGUAACAUGUAUUUGUUUAUGUUUAAUAUUGGCAUGAAAUGGUUAAAUCAAUGUGUGAUAUGGACAGGAGUUGGAUUUUUUCUGGACUAGACCUGAAUUUAGACUUUUGACUGCCAGGAUUUCCCUGUAUAAUCAGACUCCUUUGAUAAAGAUGAUUCCUGGCUUUACAGUGUAGAUUCUUAGGCUUUUGGUUACAUAAUAUUUUGCUCUUGUAAAGAAGUGUUUUCUUUUUGGCAAAAGCACUUGUAUUUAAUCAGAAAACUUUAAAUAGUUUAUAAUGUGUAAGUUACAAUUAAACUUGUCUUUUAAAAGGCCAUAAUGUAAAUGAUAGUUUUCUCAUGAAAUUUCGCAAACUGCCUAAUUAUAACUAAAAUUUGCACUUGUCAGCUCAUUAUUGUUAUUAAAUGUACCUAUAAUGCAUAUUGCCUCAUUUUUUUAUGUGUAAAUUGGGAAAAAAAAAACAAAAAACCAACAUACGGAAUUGCUGCUAAUGUCUGUAUGAAUGGUGACCGAAUAUUAUAGUUUUUGUAACGUCAGAUGCUUAAAGCAUUUUUCACGGGUAUUAUUGUAUAAUUAUGCACAUUUUUCAUUCUAGCUAAAACAAUCGCUUUUUACCUCAGAGCCCAUUAUGUACUUAAUGUAAUCAUGUUUGUUAAUAUGUAUACAUUGUAACUAAAUGUUAAAUUUAUUAAUUAAUUGUUGCAUUUAGAUGAAGUUUCGAGGUAGCAUCCAGAAUACGAGUCUGUGCUAAAAAUCUGUGUCAGUUCUAUAUGUUAUAAAAAAGUUCCCCACAUAACCUAACUGGUUAUGAUAUGACUUAAAUCCAACAAAAAUAAAGAAGUAAUUUAAUAUGGUCAGUUUAGGUCUAAUUGAAAUAAAGUGUUGUGGAAACAAAUUUUAUCAAUGUGUAUGUAUCGUAUGAUUUUUGCAUAAUUGGGUCAUAUGACUGUCAAGAAAACAGGUCACUAGGUAAAAGUUUGGUAGGGAACUAGGUCAUUAGGUGAGGAUGGACUGAAAGGUAGACCUAGUACGUUCAAGCAAUCUUUCCUAGGGGUUACAGGUAGUAUUGACAUAAGGUUUUUAGCAGAUAUUACAGAUUGUAAAAGCUAUUGUAGAUUAGGUACUAUUGGCGGAGGUUUUGUUUCGCUAGUAUUCACACACAAUGCCACUUCAAAAUUCAAAAUAUUGAUGAAUAUUUAUCUUGCAUCAUUUCCUAAAAUUUCACAAUAUCUUAAAGGCAAUGACCUCCAGAUUUUGGCUAAAAAUGAUCUUUCUUUCAAAUUGAAGUUUGGUCAUAUUAUGAACAUUAGAAUACGAGUUUUGGUUUCUUAACUAUUUUAAAAAGGGUGACUGUGUCGAAAUUGAACCUGGAUUGCCGCGGCAAUAAGUAACACUACGAAGGAUUUAGUGUUCAUAACAUUUAAAAUAUAGAUAUUUAUAAUUGAGUCAGUUUAACUUGAGUAAAGUGUUACAAACGCUUUUCAAUUUUUAUCUAAAAAUUAAAAACAACUAAUUCUAAUGUGUUUCAGUAACAUAGAGUCAGUCAGUAAAUAAAUUUCAAAGCAUUCUUAAGAAAUAUAGCAUUUAUUUCCAGAUAUCUAAAAAAAUCUCCUUUUUUUUGUUGCCAAAAGAUCUGGAGGCCAGUGCCUUUAACACCAGAGAACAGGCUGCUAAAUAAAGCCUGUGCAAAAAUUACUAUAUCUACAGUACCUUUGUUUGCUUGAAAUAUGUAGCGUUAUUUAAUACUUGUACUUGUAUUGCUUUCAUACCUUGCUAUUAAAAACAUGCAUUAAAUGUGGCUUUGAAACUAGAUUUUAUGUUAGUAAGGGUUUUCAUUCUAAUAAUGUAAUGGUUUUGAUUAAGAUGAUAAAUUUUCAGAAUAUUUGACUAUGAGUAUGUUUAAGAAAAGUAAAAAUCUAAGCCUUGAUUUAUAUCUUUCUGCUUUCAGUGUUAAAGUAAAUGUCAGUCAGAUAAAGAAAAAUCGUACCAGUAGACAUUUCAUUUUAACAAGAUGGUACCAUCAAUACCAAGUCACAUUUUGGAUGAUUUUCAUUUUCACUUUUGAUUUUGUUUCAUGUACUAGUAAUAAUCCACAUGUAUCAUAUGGCAAAUUUUUUGUAAUAGAGUUCUGCGAACAUGAUCUACGUAAAAACUGUAGAAAGGAGGAGGAGUUUGCUAUAAAUACCAGCAUCUAAUGUAUAACCUAUUGAUGAAAGAAAAGGAGAGAAUAUCUCAUUUUUAGCUUAUCUGAUUUUUUGAAAAAAAAUUAUGAGUUAUUGUCAUCACUUGAGCGGUUGUCGGCGUCAGCGUCUGCGUCGGCGUUGCCUGGUUAAGUUUUAUGUUUAGGUCAGCUUUUCUCCUAAACUAUCAAAGCUAUUGCUUUGAAACUUGGAAUACUUGUUCACCAUCAUAAGCUGACCCUGUAUAGCAAGAAACAUAACUCCAUCUUGCUUUUUACAAGAUUUAUGGCCCCUUUUGUACUUAGAAAAUAUCAGAUUUCUUGGUUAAGUUUUAUGUUUAGGUCAACUUUUCUCCUAAACUAUCAAAGCUUUUGCUUUGAAACUUGGAAUACUUGUUCACCAUCAUAAGCAGACCCUGUACAUCAAGAAACAUAACUCCAUCUUGCUUUUUGCAAGAAUUAUUGCCCCUUUUGGACUUAGAAAAUCAGUUUUCUUGGUUAAGUUUUAUGUUUAGGUCAGCUUUUAUCCUAAACUAUCAAAGCUAUUCCUUUAAAACUUGCAACACUUGUUCACCAUCAUAAGCUGACCCUGUACAGCAAGAAACAUAACUCCAUCCUGCUUUUUGCAAGAUUUAUGGCCCCUUUUGGGCUUAGAAAAUAUCAGAUUUCUUGGUUAAGUUUUAUGUUUAGGUCAACUUUUUCUCUUAAACUAUCAGAGCUAUUGCUUUAAAACUUGCAACUCUUGUUCACCAUCAUAAGCUGACCCUGUACAGCAAGCAACAUAACUCCAUCCUGCUUUUUGCAAUAAUUAUUGCCCCUUUUGGACUUAGAAAAAUCAUUUUCUUGGUUGAAUAUUAUGUUUAAGUCAACUUUUCUCAUAAACUAUCAAAGCUAUUGCUUUAAAACUUGCAACAGUUUUUCACCAUCAUAAGUGGACACUGUACAUCAAGAAACAUAACUCUAUCCUGCUUUUUGCAAGAAUGAUGGCCCUUUUUAGACUUAGAAAAUCAUGGGUAGGACAAUAUUUCUAUUAUACAAAAAAAAUCAGAUGAGCGUCAGCACCCGCAAGGCUGUGCUCUUGUUUACAGUAACGACGCUUCUACAAAAGCAAUUUUUAAACUGUUAAUAGACUUAUUACCAACUUAACCUUUAGGUUGCUGGCAGCAAGUGAUUCUGCCUUUGUGACCAGUGCAGGCUGAUCAUGGUCUGCAUUGUUCGCUAUUCAGUCAGUAAAUUUUGAGUGAACACCCCUUGGAAGAAUAAAUAGGAGAGAUCUCCGUGAUGUCACGCAUUAACGCCUGUUUAUCUGGUGGUGGGCUAAACAAAUGUUUUUACAUGGUUUGUGUAUGGGAUCGGAAUUUUUAAUAACUUUUUUGCUAAUUUAUGGAUUUUGAAAAUUCAAAAAGUUCUGAAAUGCUUACGAUUUUCAUAUUUUCUUAUUUAAAUAUCUUUUUAAAAUGAAAACCAUUUUAAAUGACAUAUGAUUUUAACAGCGGCGUAACAAUGGUCCGGAGUUUUAGAAAAAUCACUGUAAGUUAAGCAUUCAUUAUUAAUCCAUUUUAUUCCGAAAUAAUGAUUAAAAGUAAUCAAUAAAUUGCUUGUUUUGUAUCCUUUCCAUUGAUCAAAAAAUUAUUGAUAUCAUUUGUGUUUUAACAAAGUUUAAGCUGUUAGAAAAACACCACUGUUUACAAAAAAACAUGGACGCUCGGCGUCUGCCCACCCAACCUUUGUCUUAUCAGUUCUAAAAAUAGAAAAUACAACGGAUUUGUAUACAAACACGAUCUCUCCUAUUGCGCUGCCCAAAUUAAAUGAUGGACCAGUCCAUUUUAGAAACUUAGCAGAGUAAAGGUUAAAAGUGUUAAUAGAUUUAUUACCACCUUUAUAAGUGGUAGCUUUGGAAUGACUUUUGAUUUUUGCGGACAAUUUAGGCCAAUUAUUGACUAAGUUGAAAACAUGCAGAAGUAUUACAAAGAAUGGUACAUGAAUACUGAGUAAGGUACAUGAAUAUAAAGUAUAAUACAUGAAUAUAGUAGCAAUUUCUUGUGUGUAUUUGUCUACAAUUUGCAAGUUACAUGUUUGUACAUUACAAUGAAACUGUUUUGUUUUAAGUUACACUUUUAUGCCUUUGUAUAGUUGGAGUUAGUUUGUUAAUUUUUUGCUGAGAACAUUAUUAGUGUAAAUAUAUUGCAUGUAUCUUUAUAAGUAGAAUUUUGUUAACUGCUUUGUUACGGAUCCCCUUUAAGAGUGGAAAAACUAUAUUUUAGCAACUUGUUCAUGUUGAUUAUGGUCAAAGACCAAAUUCUCAAAAUUUUGUUUUUACAUGUCCGCUAUAAGCGACGGUAGCUCUGGGAAAAUCUUCAAGCAUUUUGCCAGGCAUCUAUUACGGGUAUUAUGCAAUUUUGUCCUAUGACCAAUUUUGAUUUUUUUUUUUUGGAAGAACUGUAUUUUGUUAUUUAACCAUCAAGAUAUCAGUAUCAAGAUAUUAGUAAAGAAUGGACUAUAAAUAAUAAAGGAAUUAGUUUCAUGCAGCCAUUGUUAAGUGAAAUCAUUUUUUAUGCCCCCGAAGGGAGGCAUAUAGUUUUUAGCUCAUCUGAUUUUUUGAAAAAAAAUGAUGAGUUAUUGUCAUCACUUGAGCGGUUGUCGGCGUCGGCGUCUGCGUCGGCGUUGCUUGGUUAACUUUUAUGUUUAGGUCAGCUUUUCUCCUAAACUAUCAAAGCUAUUGCUUUGAAACUUGGAAUACUUGUUCACCAUCAUAAGCUGACCCUGUAUAGCAAGAAACAUAACUCCAUCUUGCAUUUUGCAAAAUUUAUGGCCCCUUUUGUACUUAGAAAAUAUCAGAUUUCUUGGUUAAGUUUUAUGUUUAGGUCAACUUUUCUCCUACACUAUCAAAGCUAUUGCUUUGAAACUUGGAAUACUUGUUCACCAUCAUAAGCAGACCCUGUACAUCAAGAAACAUAACUCCAUCUUGCUUUUUGCAAGAAUUAUUGCCCCUUUUGGACUUAGAAAAUCAGUUUUCUUGGUUAAAUUUUAUGUUUAGGUCAACUUUUAUCCUAAACUAUCAAAGCUAUUGCUUUAAAACUUGCAACACUUGUUCACCAUCAUAAGCUGACCCUGUACAGCAAGAAACAUAACUCCAUCCUGCUUUUUGCAAGAAUGAUGGCCCCUUUUGGACUUAGAAAAUAUCAAAUUUCUUGGUUAAGUUUUAUGUUUAGGUCAACUUUUUCUCUUAAACCAUCAAAGCUAUUGCUUUAAAACUUGCAACUCUUGUUCACCAUCAUAAGCUGACCCUGUACAGCAAGCAACAUAACUCCAUCCUGCUUUUUGCAAUAAUUAUUGCCCCUUUUGGACUUAGAAAAAUCAUUUUCUUGGUUGAAUAUUAUGUUUAAGUCAACUUUUCUCAUAAACUAUCAAAGCUAUUGCUUUAAAACUUGCAACAGUUUUUCACCAUCAUAAGUGGACACUGUACAUCAAGAAACAUAACUCUAUCCUGCUUUUUGCAAGAAUGAUGGCCCUUUUUAGACUUAGAAAAUCAUGGGUAGGACAAUAUUUCUAUUAUACAAAAAAAAUCAGAUGAGCGUCAGCACCCGCAAGGCGGUGCUCUUGUUGAACCGUCUGUCCGUCUGUCGGUCUGUCAGUCUGUCCGCAAUUUUCGUGUCCGGUCCAUAUCUUUGUCAUCGAUGGAUGGAUUUUCAAAUAACUUGGCAUGAAUGUGUACCACAGUAAGAUGACGUGUCGCGCGCAAGACCCAGGUCCGUAGCUCAAAGGUCAAGGUCACACUUAGACGUUAAAGGAUAGUGCAUUGAUGGGCGUGUCCGGUCCAUAUCUUUGUCAUCCAUGGAUGGAUUUUCAAAUAACUUGGCUUGAAUGUGUACCACAGUAAGACGACUUGUCGCGCGCAAGACCCAGGUCCGUAGCUCAAAGGUCAAGGUCACACUUGGAUGUUAAAGGAUAGUGCAUUGAUGGGCGUGUCCGGUCCAUAUCUUUGUCAUCCAUGGAUGGAUUUUCAAAUAACUUGGCAUGAAUGUGUACCACAGUAAGAUGACGUGUCGCGCGCAAGACCCCGGUCCGUAGCUCAAAGGUCCUAAACUCUAACAUCGGCCAUAACUAUUCAUUCAAAGUGCCAUCGGGGGCAUGUGUCAUCUUAUGGAGACAGCUCUUGUUUUUUUUCAAAAUUUGAGUCUUAUUUUCCUUCGGCAGUUAUAAGAAUUUAUUAAUUCUUAGCUUUGAGCAAGUAUUCUUAAUGACAUUUUUGGUAUAACCUUACUUAAGUUAAAACUUUAAAUCAUUCUUUUAUAAAAUAAGAUAUUUCUGAAAAUAUUGCUGUCAAAAGUUCAUCUCGACCGUCAGAUAGUAAAUGAGAAAAUUGUAAAUCAAUUUAAUUUGAAAAACAUGAUAAAAGAUAAACUUGUUGUUGUUGUUUACUUCUGUAUUGCAUGGGGAGAUGUUAGAUUUUCUGGGAGUUAUGGGUAAAGAAAAAGAAAAUACAUUCAGUUUUUGUAGCCUACCCCAGAUUAUUGAACUAAAAGAUGCAUGUUUUAUGUAAAUAUAUUUAAUUGAAAUACUUAAAUUAUGUAAUUUUUAAGAACUGUAAACAUAUAUAAGGCCAAAAAAUGUUAUCAUGAGUUUUUAAAGAGAGAGAAGAUUUUUUUCCUCUCACCAGUUAUUGCUUCAAUAGCGAGCAGAAAUACUUUAAAUGCAUGAAAAGCAACAAAAUGAUUUUCAAAGUAAUCUUUUUGACAUUUUAUGAAAAUCCUAGGUUUUAAAAAUAAGCAAGGCAAUGCUUAAGAAACCAAUAAAUAAUUUUAUAGGCUAAAGCUAUUUUUAGUUUUCUCAGAAAGAACUUUAUAUAUUCUUUGUCAGUGGUGACUAGAAUUAUCAAUGUUUACAAAAUAUUGACAGUUCUUUCAAGUAAUUUUUAAAUUUGUUAAAUAUCCAAUUUAGAAUUCAGGAAAUUUCAUGUUUGCAGUUCUUGUGUUUAAUGUUGAGGUUUGUUUUUAGUUUUUGAAAUGAAGAUAUUGAUUUUUUACGAAGGAAUUUCGCUUACUGUACACAGAAAGCUCUCAUAGAAUUUUGUUAAAUAUUAGAAAAGUGCUGUUUAUCCUUUAAAAAGGUACAUUAUUUGUUAUCAGUUAAUGAAAGAUAGAGUCAGCCUAUUCAGUAAAAAUGACAAAGGAACAAAACAUUAACCAUUUCAUUCUGUAUGUAAAACAUUCUAGUGGCGAAAAAAAUAUAUGCCAUAAUAUUUCACACAUGUGUCAAACACUUAAAAAAAAAAGAAUUGCAUUUUUAUGGUUUUAUUUUUCGGCCUAGCCAAACUUGUUUACAUGUUUUUGAUAUUGUUUUCCAAGAAAAAUGUGUAUUUUUGUCAUUAAGGUUUUGCUAAAAGCCACACGGCUGUAGUUUGUUAACAGUUUUCAAACUGUUGUUAGUACAUUAAUCCCGGUAACUUUCAUGCUACUGCUCUACUGAAUUUUCUGCCAUUUUUGUGCUUGUGUAACAAAAUUAUUCAAAGAUUUUCAUAGCUGUAUAGAAACCAUUGUGUUUUAUUUUGCUUAAAUGCCUUAUAAUAGAAUACAUGUACUUUACAUAUACUCUCAUACCCUCGUGGCGAUGGACACCAUCUUGAAUGAGGUGUUGAGAGAGUUUAAUGCAAGUUGUAGAACUUGUUUCACAUUCUACUUAGUGUCAUUUAGUAUUAUUACUUUACAGUAUGAUUUAAGUUCCUACAAAAGAAUUUGAACUGAACAUUCAAAUUUUUCUUUCGUUCCUGCAAGAGUAAGCUCUAUAUGAUAUACUUUUGUAUUCCCAGAAGUAAACAAGAGGGAUCAAUAGAAUUAUAAGAAGAGCUUGCACCAGAAAAUAGGCUCGCCUUUUCUUAUUUUGUUCAAAAUGUUUGCCUUAAAAAGAUAGGUCUUCAAACAAAUUGUUGGUAGUAGUAAUAUGGGAGGAAUUGUCUACUUUUUGGUCUAUAUGACCACUGCACACUUCAUCAAGUCAUUGGUAACAACUGGCUGUGUUCAGUUUGAUAUAAACUUUGAUUUGGUACAGAAAAGUAUUACAAAGUUGAAAUUUUGAAUGUAGAAGACUUUUUAAAAGACAGCUUUGCAAUGGUUUAUACAGUCUAUGAUGGUCAUGAAUAAUUGUGUUACUGUUUGUAUGUAAAGGUGUAUAAUUUUCUUGUCUGUGUGUACUUUUUCUUUCUUGUUUUCUUUAUAGUCUAGACAACCAGUAUUGGUAGCUAUUUCUUGCUUUCCUCUCCUUUUAAAACCUGUAUUUUUGUAACUAAAAGAAUGAUCCUUGAUUAAUGAAUGUUCUAAAUUGGUAAAAUGAGACUGUUUAAUACAAUUCAAUCUACAUAAAACAAAACCAAUAAUCUUUAAAACAAGUUGUUGUAUUAUUUUGUGCAGUUAGUUAAACCAUCAGCUGAAGUAUUUGUUUUGUUUCAAUUUUUACAAAGAAAGGCAAAUAUUUAAUAUACCUUAGAAAAUGCUCAGUUUUUCUGAAGGCAUUAUUUUUUGGAAUAACUAAACAAAACAAAAGAACUGUGCUUUUUUGACAGCAUUGAAAUUUUAAAAUAAUGAUGAAAGGAUUGCAGGUGUUUUCUUUUUCAGCAUUGUUAUUAAUGACUGAUUUUUAGUAUUUUAACUUUUCCUAAAUAUUUUUAGUUAGAAAUGAAUAAGAAAUUAAGAUGCUUCUGUACUGUAUGAAGAUUUUAUUUGCGAAAGGUAUGUAAUCAGUCAGAAAAGUAGCAUCUGCUAUGGAAUAGGGUGAAUGAUUUAAAAGUAUUUAUAUUCUGUCAUUAACGUCUGCUUGUGUAACGUCAGGUUUGCUAAAAGCUUUGGAAAUAAACAAAUUUCUUCCCCUUA